GAAACAUUCUGAAGAAGGAAGCGCUGCCAGCGUCCUCGAGAUGGCAGCGCUGCUCACGCGCACUGGGGCCAGAGGCCUGCGCAGCCGCGGUGGUCCGCUUCCGGUCGCCAACUUGGGACCCAGAGCACACGCCAUGUCUUACUUCAGCCACCCUAAGUACAAGACCGGGGAUCUGGUGUUUGCCAAGUUGAAGGGCUAUGCCCACUGGCCGGCGAGGAUCGAGCAGGUCGCCGAGCCCAACCGCUACCAGGUGUUCUUCUUCGGGACCCACGAGACGGCCUUGCUAGGCCCCAAGCACCUGUUCCCUUACGAGGAGUCUAAGGAGAGGUUCGGCAAGCCCAACAAGAGGCGCGGCUUCAGCGAGGGGCUGUGGGAGAUUGAGCAUGACCCAAUGGUCGAGGCCUCCGCUUCCCUGUGCCCAGGGGAGGAGCAUGGCUGCGACCAGGGGCCCAGGCAGGGGGAGGAGCCGGGGCUGGAGGCGGAGCCUGAGCCCGAGUCCCUCCCUGAGCUGGAGCCAGAGCCGGGGCCCGAGAUCGAGUCUGAGCAGGAGCCAGAGCCACAGCCUGCCUAUGGCCUGCUGGACGCCGUGGAGGAAGAGCCGGGCCUCAGCCAGGAGGCCGAGCCGGUGCGAGAGCAGCACGCUGAGGCGGAGGAAGAGGCCGACGAGCUGGGGCGUCUGAAGAGGAGCGCGGAGGAGCAGCCACAUGAAGUCCCCAAACGGCCCAGGGAGGCGGAGCCCGGCCCUCUGGAAGUGGAGCCUACUGGAGAGCGCGAGGCUGAGGCCUGUCCUAUCAAUGAAGAGCCUGACCAACCCCAGGAGCAGCGGCCUCCCCUCCAGGAGGAAGAGGCCACAGAGAAGGAGGUGCAGGCCCUAGUUGGUGGAGAAAUCGAAGGCCUGUAGUCAUGGUGUCCUUAGAAGAGCCCGCUACCCCAUCCUGGUGCCACCUGGCUGUGGCUGGCAAAACCACUAGGACCCAGUCCUCACCCCCAGUCCAUCUCUCCUUCGAUUUACUCACCUUUUCCAAGCCCGAAUUCCUGGAAUGGGUCAGGCCACCUGACAUCAACUUCAUGGCUUCAGUCGCGGCCCCCUUCCCUCCCUGAAUUCUUAAGGGCAUUUUGGAUCUCUGCCUGGGUACCAGGAGUGAAGGAGGGGGAAGACAAAGAGCAGAGACUACUUUCAAAGGUCUGGGAGGGGGCGAUCUGUAAACUGGUGUGUUGGUCCUGUGGGGGCAUGACCAUAGUCCCCUUGAGUUCCUGUCUCCUCCUCCCAUCGCUCUGUUCCCAUUUUUAUAGAUUUUAUAGUGAGACUGGGGGGAGGGGGCCCAGUAAAGAUUUCUGUUGUCCCAGGCAGUUUGGAGGUUGCCUUUCUUUGUUUUGUUUUUCAUUAAAACAUUUGGGGCUCCCAAAUUGUAAGAUCUGAAUACUUUGCCUGCCAUUUUGGUUAGAAGUAAUGAGACAUUAUCCUCUCUACAGCUCAGGGACCACUGAUUGAUGCCCUUGGGGAGAUCUCUGCUGCCUGUUUCAAUCUUCCUUGGAACCUCAAGGCCUUCAGUCAUUAUAUCACUAGGACAUUACACGUUAGGAACCACCUUUAUUUUAAGAGGAAUUUUUUUAUUUUAUUUUAUUUAGGAAAACCUUUGGUUGUGCCUGCUCCUAGUUUUCCUGAGACCAAUCUUAUUUUAGUAUGAACCAGGAAUUCCCCUUUUGUUCGGAAUUUUAUGACCUUCCUGUUGUUGGGGCUUUUCUUUAAGUUGUUAUUUCCAUCUAUGUGUCACCACCUGGGCCCCUCAGUGUUGUUGUCACCUGCAGCAAAAUGUAAUGUACUGAGAAGUUGAGUGACCCUUUCCAAAAUCUGUCUCUAUGUACCUUUGUACCUGGACCCUUUUGGCUCUGCCCUUUUCCCUUGGGCUCUAAUGAAAAAAAUAUUAUCUAUGCUUUUGGAGGUGAAGGUCUGAGAACCAUAGUUCUAGGAAAUAAAACCAUUGAUGACAUUAAAACAAA